AUGUCUAAAAGACUAACAAUCUCAAAAUUCAAUCCCUAUAAUACUCAAGAUGUCCCUGAAUUGGAAAGGGUUGAAACUUACAGGACAUUUUAUAAAAAGAGAUUUAGAAAGCUUCAAGCAGAGGAGAGUCCAGUCUAACAAGUUGCUCCACAAAGUAUCCUAUUGAAACCGGGAUAGAUUCCAUUCAAAAGAUCUUUUCAAAAACCUAAAGAUGACAUCAUCGACGUUAAAAAAUUGUAAUUACAAUUGAUAACAAAUAGUUAGAUCUGUGAAUUGUGGAGUUAUAAAUAUAAUCAUGUUGUACAGAAGGUAUCCAAACUAAACAAUGUGAGUGAAAUUCUAGAAAUUCAGAGACAGUAAUAACAAAAGUCCUAAAAAUAUAAAACUCAAAUUUCAUCAGAUCAAAUACCUUAUAAUUCCAAUUUCUUUUCAGAAAAAAGCAAACUCAAAACUACUAUAUCGGAUUACACUUUGCCAAAAAUAGAAUCAUUAUCUUCCUUUUAAAAUCCAUUAUCCCCAGAGAAAAUUGUUACUAGUACUUAAAGUACCAAAAUUAACAAUGCAUCUGAAUUCAAAAGGAAACUCAAAGAUUUAAUUGAUACGUGCGAUAAUGCCUAAUUAUUUAGACCAAACAAAUUUAGUAAGAUAUGA